AUGUACGCGAAAAUUAAAAGCGAACGAUUGCGAUACAUUCGAUUCAACCAAACAAACUUGCGUGCAGAAGAGUGUAUACAUCUACACGAUGCUGUUAAUAAUAAUAUAGAUGGGAAUUUGAACCUUAAUAAUAUUGGUAAUGUGUUCAUACUUCCAUCUUCAUAUACUGGCAGCUCACGUCAUAUGCAAGAAUACAUCCAAGAUGCAAUGACGUACGUGCGUGCAUAUGGUCGACCAGAUUUAUUUAUAACAUAUACAUGUAAUCCGCAAUGGGAUGAAAUAAAAAAAUUGUUAUUACCUGAACAAACGCCGAUUCAUCGUCCCGAUAUUACCGCACGGGUGUUUAAACAAAAAUUAAAUUCUUUGAUUGAUUUAAUUGUAAAACACUCUGUAUUUGGAGAAACGCGUAGCUGGAUGUAUUCUAUUGAGUGGCAAAAAAGAGGUUUGCCACAUGCUCAUAUUUUAAUUUGGUGUGUUGAAAAAAUCAGACCUGAAGAAAUUGAUAAAAUAGUUUUUGCAGAAAUUCCAGAUCCAAAUGUUGACAAAGAGCUAUUUGAAAUUGUGACAAAAAAUAUGAUACAUGGUCCAUGUGGAAAUUUAAAUAUGACGUCACUUUGCAUGGAAAAUAGUAACUGCACACAAGGAUUUCGAAAAGAUUUUGUUAGAGAUACGAUAACUGGAAUUGAUGGCUAUCCUAUAUAUCGUCGAAGAAAUUCGGAAAAUGGAGGCCAAUCCUUUUCACUAAAGUUGAGAAAUAUGAAGUUGAAGUAG